GAGCGAGCGUGAAAAUUCACUUGAGGGUGGGGGUUACACAGUAGUUGUGAGUCAGUAGAGGGGAUUUAGUCGUGAGUUUGGGAGCAACGUUUGCUUACGAUCAUUGCCACACCAGACCUCGAGGAGAGUAGACGCGUUUAAUCGUUAGCUCAGUCGAGAUCUCGUGCUUUUCAUAUUAUUUUUAAAUAAUAAAACUUAUAAUAAACAAUAUAUACAUAUUGUAUAUUAAACAAAUUAUUUGAAUAUUAUAUAAAUAAGUCAAUUGCUACCUAGUAGUGAUUUUAAAUAUAAUAUUUUUUUCUACAUCUGGACAACUGUGAUCUGUGAGUUUUAUCUCAAGACAAGACUCUUAAGUGAUUGUGUUUAUUUUUAUUUCUGUAAUUAUUAUUUAAUUAAUUUUACAAGUGACAUUUGAUUAAAAAAAUAUAAACGUCAAAUAAAAAAGGAAAAAAAAAGGACAUUAAUUUUUUUUUUCUUUGGAGUUUAAUCGCGGAAGCGCGAUAAUUUACACUUAUGGAAAUAGAUCCAUUCGAAGAUCCUCCGUAUCGACGCUUCAGACGUCGUCAGUAAACUGACAUUUAAAAAAAAAAAAAAGAAAAUUAAUAGUAAUAAUUUUUGGAGGAUUUUCGGUGGUGACUUGACGUGCGUGGGAGGUAAACUAUGACGGCAAAUAUUGAAGUAGAUGUGAAAAGACUCGAUCGAAGGGUUUGUUGAUUAUUUGUAAAAGACUUUGGUACUGAUAAAUUUGUUGACAGUGAAGAGAAAUAGAUAAACUAUUUGUUGAGGUUGGGUUGGUGUUUAGUGGAGGGACAUUCUGUUAUUGUUUUUAUUUUGGAAUUUCAGUGCAAUUAACUGUUAGACAAUUACACGAUGGCUAUUCCGUUUAACUUGCCGUCUGAAGACGAGGCCGAGGCGCAGAGCCAACAGCUAGAGCAGCUGAUGCUGGACCUCUACGCGGCACUGCAACAGGUCCUCAGGAGUAGGAGUGCUCAGCAUCCCUCUCGCAAUCAUCGCCUGCCAAGACGAGUGGGAGACACGGGAGUAAGUCGUGAUCAUCCGAUCGUGCUGAUAGACUCGGAUCUGUCGCGUCUGCCGCUCCCGGACCUGGUGUUAUCGGCGGUCCAGCAGUUGCCGUCGCCGGAACCCCAAGUAACUGUCUCGGCGCCAAGCAGCCCGACGCGGGAUGCGGCCUUCCAGUUUCCAGAGUGCAGUGCAGCGCCAGUGCCCAGUCCGAGGCCACGGCCGCGGCGACGAAGACUCACGUCUGAGAGCUCUGUCCUCGAAAAGGGCGCCACCAGCAGGUCCGACAAUAUUAACAGCGUCUGCUGUCGACAUCUCGGCCACUCGUGCAAUGAAACCGAGUGGGCAAGUGUUGGCGCCAAUCUUAGAAAUAUUGCCGACGAUUUCCACGCUUCUAAGACUAAGGAUGCAGAGAUUGAAAAAUCGAGACUACCAUUUUUUGGUGCUGGAUUUCCAAGUGUUACUACAAGUAUACCAUCAUCGGACAGUUUCCUGUCAAUGUUAAUCCCGGCGCCACUACGUGAAACACUUUGGACAACAGUGGCUUUGUAUUUGGGUUGGCGAUUAGUUUCACGUCUACGAUAGAGUUUACUAAACUUUAUCAAUCGCAACAACUUAAACAACAUCCACAAAGGCAACAAUUACGAUUCUGACAAGUCAACAAGGUAGUUGACCAUCAUUUAUCCGUAUCCAUGACGAAACGUCAAGAGGAUCUUGCGUCACCUCGCGUAUUAUAAAUUUUUAACCAAAAUAUAAUUUUCCGACUCGCGUAUGACGAAAUCGAUUAAUUUAAUUAACUCGAUUUAAAAGUUAAGGUUAACAAAUACUGGCUAAGUUUAAUAAUAAUAUUAAUAAUAAUAAUAAAUUAGUAAUAAUAAUAAUAAUAAUAAAUAAUAAUAUUAAUAAUAAUAAUAAAAAGGAAGGGCUUAACGGGGGAGCUGAGGACGAGAUCCAAAGAGGACUUAACCCAAUAAUCAAACCAUGAUCUCAUUAUGGAUUAAACUAAGAAGGAGUCUAUAAAUAAAAAAAAAAGUAGUGUGAUUUUUUUUUUGUUUUAACAAUUUAAAAUUAAUAAUACGCAUAAAGCGGGUUUUGUGAUUCCUCGAUUCUUUGUCGACGAAGAAUUGAGGAUAAUUUUGAUUAUGUCUACUCGUGAACUCAGAUUACCAGCUAUCGUGAUUAGCUUUUUUUGUUUUGUUUGAUUAGUAUGAUAAAUAUAAAUUUAAUGGUAUUUAAAUUUAACGAUUAAUAUGUAUGAUAAUUAAUAAUAAUUUUAAUAAUAAUAAUAAUAAUAAUAAUAUUCAUAGUAAUAAUAAUAAUAAUUAUAAUGAUAACAAUAAUUAAGUAAUUUAAAAAUUUGUAUAUUUAAAUUAAAAGGAUAAUUACUAAAAUUUGAAAGUGCUCGUACUCGCGUUCCGAGUAGAAGUUUUGUAUAUAAGACUAACGGAUUAAAUUCAAAGUCGAGUGUAUUCCAAAAAUGUUAAGGGAAAUAAAACUAAAAAAAAGAUAAAUUUAAAAAAUGUGUGAGUGCACAUUUGUGGAGGAUUACGUGGAGGAGGUUUAGAUUUGUUGUAUAGAAAAAUGGAUAACUAAAGUAAUAAAUCAGUAAUAAGUCGAAUUAAAUUAUAUUAAAUUAAAUUAUAAAUUAUUAAUUAAAGGUAGAUAAUUGAUAUAUAGAAUUUCGAGGAUCGCAGCAUCUUAAUUGGCUCGCUGCGAGGCCCGUGGACAGUUUUCAAAUGAUCUCCGGUAGCUUAGCUCUUAUAUUGUGGCACCCUUGUCCACCAGCGAAUGUCUCUUAGAAUUUGCGUUUUUCGAGACAUUCCCCUUUCCCCAACUAUUUUUUUUCUUUACUAUUAUUUUAGAUUUUUUAUUAAAUUAUUUCUACGCUUUCACUGUCCUUUCAAUGCUGAUUUUUUUUUUUCAAUUAGAUUUAAAAAAAAAAAUUAAUUUCUAUAAAUUUUCAUUUCUAUAUUUAUUUUUUUAUAUUUGUUUGCUAAUUAUAUAUAUAUAUAUAAAUUUUUUAUUUUUAUUAUUUUUUUUUAACUGUGAUUUUCACGUCCCGAUUUCUUACUCCCUCGAUUAGUCCUUAAAAAAGUAAAUAUACUAAUAAAAUAUAUAUAAAUAUAUAUACGGAUCCGAUUUAAUGAAAUUGAAUCGCGAAAGCCAGACGAUUGUUGACCAAAACUGCAUUACCGCGACUUAUUUCAGUUGCCUUUUCUCUCUUACUAUUUUUAUUAAAUUUUUUUUUUAAAUACAGUAAUCAUUAACAAAUAUAAAAAUAUAUAUAUUAUAUAUUAUAUAUAUAUAUUAAAUACGUAUAUAUAUUUUGUUCGUUGGUUAAUUUUUUUUAGUCGUGAUAAGUCGAAAAUAAUCAAGUAUUGCAGUAUAAAAAUAGUAUUUAUUUAGAAGUAAUGUUUAUAUUUUUCCAAUAAAAUUUAUGAGGUUGUCUAGAUUUUUCGUUUAGUUAUCGAUACUGCCAUUCGUUUCACCUAUCGAGAUUUCAUGACGCUCUUUCAUAUAUUUAACGUCUCAUUUAUAUUAUAAAAUUUAUUUUUUAUUGAAAGAAACUUUAAAAUUAAUCUAAUGAGUCUCUUUCUGGUACAACGAUUAAAUAAAAUAAAUAUACAGUAUGAAUAAUUUAUAAAAAAUAAGACAAUUUAUCGAGUGAGACGCAUGUAAAUAAAAUGCUUUUUUUUCAUCGGUACAGUAAUAUAUUAAUUGAAGCGAUGAUAUAUUUAAAAUAUUAAAUUUAUGACAGUUUUCUCCCGUACUCCGUUUUUAAUUCAAAUUUUUUUUGUCAGACAAAAUAAUUGAAAUUAAAAAAAAACUAAUAAUUAAUUAAAUACAUGUAUAUUUUUAUUAAUUAAUCGAUGGUAAAAUAAAUAAAUUUUUUCGCGUGAAAGUAUAUAUUUGUGCUGGCGAGCAUAAGUUGAAUUAGAAUUUAGUGAAAAAAAAAAAAAUAAUGGGAAGUCUACAAUUUCCGUGGCGCCGUCAAAUGACGCGAAUUCUUGUAGAAGACUUUUUUUCAAAUAGCUGUAACUUUUUCAAAAAUUGACUUAUUCAGACGUUUUUUUUUUUUCAAAAUUUCCAUCUUUAAAUAGAGUUUUCAGAAAAAAAUACAAAAAAAAUUAAGAUGAUAAAAUCUAUGAAAUUUUUUUAAAAAAAUCAAAUUUUUCCCAAAAUCUAUUCUUCUCGAAAACUAAUCGAGAUAUCGAAAAAUUUUAUUCUUUAGAAAAGUCUUAAUUCGUUGAGUUCUAUAUGAAUUCUCAGUUAUUUGACGGCGCCACGAAAACCGUAGAAUCCCCAAAAUAAUAAUAAAAUAAAUUAAUUUAAAAUAAAUGCGAUUGGUCGAUAAAAAUUUAGCGGAGAAAAUAGGUGGGAUAUAAGCUGUAACUGUGACUAUGCGGAUCGUGGAGUGGCUGCGUUAUUAUUUUUUGUUGUAAAAUUUUAAAUUUAUGAGAUUUGAAUAAUUUUGUCAUUACUACGAAUUUUAUUUUAUUUUAAAUGACACUUUUAUUCUUAUUUCAAUAAUAAAUAAAUCAAUAAUAAUAAUAAUAAUAGUUUAGGUAAAAAAUUUAAAUAAAAAAUUUUAAACGCGGCCGACUUGUCCAGAUCCCCGCGCGUCAAAGCGUCACUGUGAUCUCGUAAUAAUUAAAAAUAAAUAUCUAAUUAUAGUAAAAAAAAUGAAAAAAAAAAUAUAAAAAAUAACCAUUAAAUAUAUUGUAAUUCCGGCCCCCCCAACAAUAAAAAUAAUAAUUAAUUAAAAAAAAAAAGAGAGCCCUUCAUAAAGACAACCAACGUACCAUAUUUGCGCAUUUAUCAGUUUUAUUAACAUAAUAAAUAAAUAAUUAACUAUUAUAUUAAUUAUAUAUUAUCAAUAUAAUUUGUUUUAUUAUUUUAAUUAUUAAUUAUAAUUGCAUUUUCAAAUGAUCUCUCGGAGGUUUGCGGAACAAUUUUCUUCCCUCCUCAAGUAUAAAGAAAGCAAACAAUAUUUGUCGAUACUGCGUUAUGUUUAAUUAUAAGUUUAUUAAUUAAUUGAUUGAUUGAUUGAUUAAAAAAAAUUAUUAUGAUUAUUAUAAAGUAUGAUUAUGGUUAUUAACUAUUAUUAUAAGUAUUUUUUGUACUAUUACCGUACUGUUGGAUAAAAUAAUUAUAAAUAAAAAAUAUAAAUAAGAUUCAGAUUUUAUAAAAUAAUAAUAAUUAUUAUAUUCCGGCACUAAAGAGGUUAGAAUCGACUAGUCUUUACCGGACCAAUUGAGAUUUUUUUACGAUGGAUAUUUUUUUUCUGAUUAUGAGGUUGCCUAUUUUUAAUUCAACUUUUUUUUUUUUAAUCUUUUACUCUUUUCUACUUUAUUUUAUUUUAUACUCUCAUUUAUGAGGCAUUUAUGUGACUUGCGCCGGCUUUAAAUCCUCGACACGAUGGAUUGCAUUUAUUUUACUGCCAAAAAUAAAAUUUAUUUGAAAUAACAAUCGAUUAUUUUUAAAAAAAUAUUUUUAAAGAUGUAACGAGUCUCGAAACCUUGACGUACUAUUUCCAUCGUCGAGAUCGAUACCAGCCGGUGAAUUGUAAGAUUUUUCUACCAGUAAUAAAUUAUUGUAUAUGCCAUAAUUUUUUUAAUUCAUACUUUUAUUUGAAUAUACUUUUUUUUUAUAAAUAAUUAAUCUAAUGUUUUUUCUCGUUUAAUCCAUUCCUCAGUAAAUUUCCCCUCAAUGUUUUUUAAAACUCUAAAUUCAUUUAUUCGAGGGAAUGCAUUAGAAUUAUUUGGUAAUUUAUAUAAUUUUACAUGUAACUACUUUUUAUUUUUAUUAUAUAAUUACUUUAAUUAAUUUUUUGUACUGCCAUAAUUUAAAUUUUCUUUCGAGCAAAAAACGUGCCAAUAAAACGUGCGCUUGCCAGUUAAACUUAAUUUUUUUUUUCAAAUAUUUCAAACGUCUUUACGUUACCGCUCGCCGAAUGUGCAACAGACGGUUUUAACUUUGGAUUAAAAUUUUUUAAUUAAAAAAAAAUGUGGAAAUAUUUCUUAAAAAAAAAAAAAUUGAUACUUGUAAUCGUAUUGUGAUAAAGUCUGGACUACACUUUUACAAAAGUACUUUUAACUUAUCGUUAUUUUAUAAAAUUUUAUCUCAAAAUUAAAUUGAAAAAAAAAUAAAUUUUAGCUUUUCUUAUUUUUAACACAAUUUGUCCAGCUGACUAAUCCAAAGAAUUGACCAAAUAAAAGAGAAUAUUAAAUACAAGUAUCAAAAAUUAAUUUUAAGAAUUUUCCUCAGCUAAAAAACUUCUUUUUUUUAAAUUAAAAAAUUUUUUUCGGUCGUAUGGUCACUGCACAAUUUAAAACUUCUCAUUAAUUAAAAAAUCUCUACUCUUAUUUUUUAUAAAUUCCGUCGUAUAAAAAUCAAUUACUAAUUUGAAUAUUUUAUUAUUUUUCCAAAAGAUAAAAUAAUUCUAAUCAUUUACUAAUCAGACCUAUGGUCAAAUCGCUCAGAAUUUUUCUAAAAAAUUUUAUUUGACAAAGCUGCUCAAAUUCAGUGAUUAUAGUCAUUAAUUUUUUUUUUUCUCAACAAAUUGCUAAUAAUAAUAAUUAUAAUAAUAAUAAUAAUUGAUAAAAUCAAUUUAAAAAAAAGUAAAACAAGAAGAAAAAAAAGUAUAUAAUUAAAGAAAAAAACCGAUACGAUGCUGUGUUAUUUUAAGUCAAUACCAUGCGUUAUAAAUUUUUUAAUUAUUAUUUUAUAUCAGUUUUUAAAAUACAAUUAUGUUAUUAAUUUUAUUACAGUUUGUAUUAUUAAUUAUAUAAAUUACGAUUAUUUUUUUUUAUUAAAAAUAAUUAUCAAUUACUUUUAUUAUGAUUAUCAUUAUUGUAUUGAUUUAUUAUUUAUAAGUAUAGUAGAUAAUUAUUAUUUUUAUUUAAUCCAUAAUAUUGCAUUUAGCGUCGUCUACUGUCCACAGACGCCAUAUUUGAAUUAUUUGAAAUAAUGAACUUUUAAAAAUUGGAUUUCGUUGACGAGCCUCGACCAAUGGAUCCACAUUUUUGUGAAAAAUAUAAUAUAUAUAUAUAUUAAUAUAUUAAUAAAUUUUUUAAGGACAGAGGCAUCUCUCCGCUACCCGUACGUCUUUCAUUGUACAGAUUUUUUCACUUUUAUAGAGUUACGAUGAUAAUUGAUAUAAAGAGUUAAAUCGUAAGAAAAAAUAAUAAUUAAUAAAACGGAAAAAUAAAAAAAAACAUAAAAAAACGUUAUUGUGUCGAUUACGCCUAAUGGCGAGGUUGGCUCGAGCAUUAUUAUUGUACUUGAUUUUUAUUAUUAUUAUUUUUUAAUUAAUAAAAUGUGAAAUAUGUCGAAUAA